CGUAGCGGCUGCAGGAAGAGGGGCCGCGCCCGGAGAACAGGAGACAGAGCACAGGAGGACCGGGGAGUGGCGGAGAGGAGACACCCGAAGCUGGGUCAGAACUGCUGAUUGGUUUAUGACUGCAACCACUAGAACCACCCAAGAUGGCAGCCAACAAAAACAAAACUCAGAGUUCCUUAGUGCUACACAAGGUGAUCAUGGUUGGAAGUGGUGGAGUAGGCAAGUCCGCACUCACACUACAGUUCAUGUAUGAUGAGUUUGUGGAGGACUAUGAACCCACCAAGGCUGACAGCUACAGGAAGAAAGUGGUGCUGGAUGGAGAGGAAGUUCAGAUAGACAUACUGGACACUGCUGGCCAAGAGGAUUACGCAGCUAUUCGAGACAACUACUUUCGUAGUGGAGAGGGCUUCCUGCUGGUUUUCUCAAUCACUGAGCACGAAUCUUUUACUGCAACAGCCGAGUUCAGAGAGCAGAUCCUCCGUGUGAAAGCGGAAGAAGACAAAAUCCCUCUACUCGUAGUGGGUAACAAGUCUGAUCUGGAAGAUAGAAGACAAGUGCCUGUGGAUGAGGCCAGAGGGAAGUCGGAUGAGUGGGGUGUGCAGUAUGUGGAAACUUCUGCCAAAACAAGAGCCAACGUAGACAAGGUGUUCUUUGACCUCAUGAGGGAAAUCCGAACGAAGAAAAUGUCUGAGAAUAAGGACAAGAAUGGGAAGAAAAGUGGUAAAAGUAAGAAGAGCUUCAAACAACGAUGCUGUCUACUGUAAUCCCGAGAUGGAGAGACCUACCUGUGAAGGGCUGCAGGGAGUGAGAUCCCUGUUGAGAACCCACUUUCCUGUUUUGUAACUCAACAAUUAGUAUUUAAUUCACUCAGUGCUAAAGACUAGCAGUGAGAGGUGGUGCUGUCCCUCUUUAUAUAAGAGGGGUAUGCUCCAUCUCAUCCAUACAUUAUCUGGGUUUUAUUUUCCCUUCCUAUUCUUCUGCCGAAAGAACAAAGUUUUACUCACGGGAAGUCAACAUUUCAUGCAAGAUACGGCACUAUGAAGGGUUGACGUUUUGAGUACUGUGUUCCACUACAUAUACUAAACUUCAUAUAGAACUCAUCUGGCAGUCAUACAUAGAAUUAUACUUGCAUAGUCUGGACAAUUCUUAAACCUCCAUUCCACGGUCCAUUCGCUCCUGUGAUCAGCCACGGGCUCUUCUAUUGCUUUUAAAGCUUGUUUUAGGAAUAAAAAGGUCAAGACGUUGUCAGUCCAGGGAUAAUGUUCAAUAAAUAUGAAGAAAUCCA